CCGUGGUCUCUCUCGGCUUCCGUGGAGCACGAGCAAGAUGGCAGCCUUCGAGAUGGUUAGGCUACGGCUUCAAUUUGACUACCCGCCGCCAAUCACCCCACAUUGUACGGUCUUCUGGCUUCUGGUGGACCUGAACAGAUGCCGAGUUGUCACGGAUCUCAUUAGUCUCAUCCGCCAGCGCUUCGGCUUCAGUUCUGGGGCCCUCCUAGGCCUCUACCUGGACGGGGGACUGUUGCCUCCCGCCGAGAGCGCGCGCCUGGUGAGAGACAACGAUUGCCUCAGAGUCAAGUUAGAAGAGAGUGCAAUUCCUGAGCUUUCUGUCCCAGUCAGCAGUGGUGGCGGCACUCAUUUCUCACCUGUAAAAGCCAAGAAGCGGCCUUCUAAGUUGGAGGAAGAUGAAGAAACCGAGCUAGGUUACAUAUUCUCAAAGAAGCACUGGAAGAGGCAAGAGAACAGCAGCAGUCAGGAGAAGGCCUCGCAUCUGGACCCAAAAGCUGUGCCAGGCCAGCCCGUGAGGAAAAAAACCAAGCGAGAAAACAAAGUAACUUGUGACAGGGUGGAUGUUGAUGACAGAGAGGCCAGAAGGAAGUCACUGCAGAAGGAGAAACGUGAGUGUAAGAAACAGACCAAGAAUCGCAGGUCUCCAAAAGCACAGGCAGUAAAAGAAUGGAGCAUCCCGAACUGUAGUCCCCUCAAAGGCUCUGCCGGAUACGGCAUUGGCAAAGCCAAAAGUAAAGUCGGGGGAGGAGUGUGUGCAAAGCACAGUUCCACGUCCUCCUCAGAGUCAGAGUCUUCUCAUGAAUCGAGCAGCGAUCCUCUGGGCAAGGCCCCGCUGGAAGCUGCAAAUUCCUUGGAGAAACUGUCAGCCGAGUUACCAAAGGGCAGGCCCUCUACGAAACACACAGCUGCAAACAAACCGCGCACAAAAGCCGCCUUGAACCUUGCCCCUGGCAAGGGCAAGACCACCAGGGCCUCGUCCUCGGCUAGUUCAGAUUCCAGUUUGGAUUCGGUUGAUGAAAAUGUGGCAUCCAAGCGCUCGCCGGAGCGCGGGGUCAUCUUCUUAAAGACAGCUGGCCUCUUGGCAGGAAGGGGUUGUCCGGGGCCCGGGCCCUCGCCACAGACUCCAGGCGCCACAGGAUGGAAGCCUUCUGAGUCGAGUGACGGCACACAGGCUCCUGUUCCUCUGCCCAGCACGUCUGUCCCCACCAGCUUCGGCAGAGGAUGGGGCCGAGGAGAGGACCUUCUUUCUUGGAAGGGGGUGAGGGGUCGGGGCAUGCGGGGCAGAGGUCGAGGACGAGGGCACGCUCUGUCCUGUGUCUUAAAUAAAAACCCUGAAUGUCAGAAGCAGCAGCCCCUAAGCGAGACCGUGACAAACACAUCCACUAUCAUCCCGCUAAGCGAGACCGUGACAAACACAUCCACUAUCAUCCAGAAUCCAGUAGAGCUACCCAAGAAGGACUACAGUCUGUUACCACUGUUAGCAGCUGCCCCACAAGUUGGAGAAAAGAUUGCAUUUAAGCUUUUGGAACUAACAUCUGAUUAUUCUCCUGAUGUCUCUGACUACAAGGAAGGAAAACUAUUAAGCCACAAUCCAGAGACCCAGCAAGUAGAUAUAGAAAUCCUGUCAUCCUUACCUGCUGUGAAGGAACCUGGGAAAUUUGACUUGGUUUAUCACAGUGAAAAUGGAACCGAGGUGGUGGAGUAUGCUGUGAUGCAGGAGAGGAGGAUCACUGUUUUCUGGAGAGAGUUGAUUGAUCCAAGACUGAUUAUUGAACCUCCAAGUAACACCUCCAGUACUGAGCUUAUCAGAGCAUGACCUCCACCCCGAGGCUUAUAAAUGUCUUGCUGUGAAAGUGACUGCAAUGUGAGGUUUUUUAUUUUUAAGAGGAUUUAGAAGUUGUGUGUAUUGUUUGUUAUCUUCAUUUUACUGUAUAGGGAAAAAAAUCUACCUCAUCAUUUAAAAUUGGGUGUUGGUUUGUAGACCAUUUUUUCCUUCAGAUUAACUUCAGUUAACAAAAUUUAAAACAUAACAUUUCCCCCAGGCAUUGUUUUAUCUUUGGUUUCUUUGUUUUUUUGACCAUUGAAGUAUUGGUCAUCAGUUUGUAAUACUAAGUACAAGAACAGGCUGCAUAUCUUGUCUCAGUAAAUUUUAUCAAGUAACAUUUUUAAAAAAUUAAAACAUGUUGCUUCACCUAAUUUUUUAACAUUUGAGUUCCAUUAAAUGUGGAACAUCUUAUAAAUUUCAAGUAUUUUAUACUUGCAGUUGCCAAGAAUUAACAACCAGUUGGAUUUGUUGCCAGCAAUGAAUUAAGGAAUCCUUUCAUGUUUUUCUCCACUUAAAAAUUAAGGAUUCUCAGGGACCUGUGUGGAGCAGUGAAAACAGUACCUUGUGUGUGUUGGGAGGAGAGCGGGUGGUGCACCCCGGGGAGAAGAUUCGCCGUGCCCCCCGUGAGCAGGGAGUGGUUUAUCUUGAGCCAAGAGCCUGGCUCAGUGUGCCGGAGUGAGGAUUUGGAAGAGAAAUUGCCUCUUCUGUUACUCAGAGACCAAAAUGGCUAAAUAUAUGAUGUGAAAAUUGCUUUAACAAAAGAUCAGAUCCCUCCUUCAGCUUUGCAGAUCUCUAAAUAAAGUCAUAUUGAACUUAA